AUGACUGAUGACAAGACACUCAAGAGCACCGUGUUUCGAAUCUCCGGUUCCAUUCCCGCCGGGAACUACAUCCAGCUCCCUCGGACGUCAACACAGUCCCUUGGGCUCACCGGUCGCUAUCUCUACCUCUUGAUGAAACCCAUCCCAUCCAAAUACUUUGUAAUUCACCUGGACGUCGCUACGGAGGAAGGUCUGAUCGUUAGGAUCUCCUUCUCGAACCUCUUCAGGGAAUUCAAGUCCACGUCCACUUGGCUGCAAUUCCCGUUCGUCUGUCAUCCAGGGAAGGGCUCCGUGGAAGGGGUGACCAGGAAGACUGCAAGGCAGGAUAUCCAAGGCCCCGCCCCACAAUCUUCAAGAUGGACUAUCCUCCUGCUAGACUUCCAGUACAUCCUCUCCAUGUACCUCAAUCGUAGAUACUCCCAUCUCAAGUCAGUCCGUCUUUGCGCAAACAUCUUCAUUAAAAACCUCUUCACCAGCGACAUGCAGUAUGAGGUGGGGAUCAGCCUCCAGCAGGCCAGAGAGGCGGGGCUCAUUGCCAAGGGCGUGGCGCCGUUGCCGAGGGACAUGGCUUUCCCUGUACCCAAGGGCGGGCACUGGCACGAUUUGUAUGACUACAUUAGAUUCCCUACAGCAGCUAGUCGGGUCCCAUUUGACUCAAUUCAGGUACAUAGCCCUGUACAGAGCAAAGGAGGUCAGGAACUAGGCAAGAUGAGUCCAGAGAGAGUUGCUCCCAAGACGGUCUAUGGCAGUCGUGAUGUCAAGUCAAGGCUAACUGAUAUCAGCAAAAUAACAAACCCAAAGAAGCAUGGUAAGAGACAAUCCAAAAUGCAGAGUAAAAAGCUACCAGAGGUCGGUCUGGACCACGAUGUCUCUGUCUUACAAGGUGCUUUGGGCGAGGUCCACCUCUUCGCUCGGGACGAGGACGAUGUGACAAUACAUCGUCAUGACAGCCGUACAGGAAUGACAAUGUCAAGUAAGGUUGGAACGGCAAGAACAUCUGCAGCACUGCCAGACAGUAAGGAGCCCAAGUACAAGAGCUUGAAGCCAGAUCCGAUCUUGUCCCUGAGGAGAAUUAUUGGUUUUGGAGGAUGUACAACGAGAGAGGCUUUAUGGACAGCUAACGGUACUCAUAUCGUCUACCCAUGCCAUGCUGUCAUUGUCUCCAUGGAGGUCAAGUCAGGUCACCAGCGAUUCCUAAUUGGUCAUACGGACAAGGUUUCAAGUUUAAGCUUCAACCGGAACACAACACUCCUGGCCUUAGCUCAGACCGGCCAGCAGUCUGUGGUCAGAGUCUGGAAGUAUCAGAAAGGAGAGUGUCUGGCCAUGUUCAGGACACACGCCCAGUCUGUCUUCUGUCUCAGUUUCUCCAUCAAUGGAUCUGUACUGUGUGGUGUCGGCAAAGACGGCCAUGGCAAAAAUAUGGUGGUAGCCUGGGAUACAUCCAGAGUUGGGAAGGGAGGAGACAUCUCAGUCCUCGCUAAAGCCCACACAGACGUUGACAUUGUCCAGAUGAGGGUGGCGCCAUUUGAUGAAAACAAAAUGGUCUCUUGUGGUAGAGACAACGUGCGCGUCUGGAGAGUUAGAAAUAACACCCUGCGCUCAGCUCCAGUCAACAUUGGGGACUUCCACGUGGCGGAGUUCACUGAUAUCUGCUUUGAAGCUACUCAACCUGGAUUAGAACCGGCUGAUAAGUUUGUUUAUGCAUGUACGAGGUCUGGCCACAUCUUUGAGAUCGACUACAAUCGUGUGUCUGUCGUCCGCAUCAGACGGCUCUUGCCAACAGGCAAAGAGGUCAAGGAGAAGGAAUCCAUGCAGUCAGGUUCAGGUAUAGCCAUCAAUGCAAUGUGUUUAUGA